ACACCAGUCCUCCUCUUCCUCCUCCUCCUCCUCCUCCUCUUCCUCCUCACACCCGUGCGCUUUUGCGCCCUCAGCCGUUUUUUCCCCCGGAGCCGGACGCGUCCUGUGGUGUGAAGCGUGGAAGAGCCGCGACACAGAGGGAGUGUCCUCACUAUCAUCUUCCAUCUGUGGACACUGAGGACUGACAGGAUCCUCCUUGGCUGUUCCUGCUUCAGUUCCUGCUGCUGCUGCUGCUGCUGCUGCUGAUGAUGAUGAUGAUGCCUCCUCCUCCUCUUCUGCGCGCGCUGGUCAUCUGUGGUGACCGCGCUCCGUGUGGUUGAUGCUGGACGUGGUGACCCGUCACUGACUGACUGUACAGCGGAUAAACGAAGAGAUUAAAGAGGAGGAACGAGAAGAGAAGGGGUGAGGAGUGAGAGGAGAAGAGAAGAUGGGGAGCACGACCUCCUGCUGCGUGUGCGUCAGCCCCAAGCUCCGCAGAAACGCGCACUCCAGGCUGGAGUCUUUCCACCAGGAGUCCGACCUGAGCAGAGAGGAGACGGGCGGUAACCUGCAGCACAUCAGCGACAGAGAGAACGUGGACGAGUUAAACCUGGAUUAUAAUCCCUCAGAUCAUCCGCGCGUCAGCACCAUCUUCCUCAGCAAAUCCCAGAACCACGUGCACGAAAAGAGAAAAAGCCUUUUCAUCAAUAAUAACGGAUCUCUGAGGAGGAAAUACAGCUCGUGUUCCACCAUCUUCCUGGACGACAACACAGUCAGUCAACCCAACCUCAAAUACACCAUCAAAUGUGUAGCGCUGGCGAUUUACUACCACAUAAAAAACAGAGACACAGACAGACGAAUGCUGCUCGACAUAUUUGAUGAAAAACUUCACCCGCUCUCGAAAUCUGAGGUUCCGUCAGAUUAUAACCAGCACGACCCGGAGCAGCGUCAGAUCUAUCGCUUCGUCAGGACUUUGUUCAGUUCGGCUCAGCUCACGUCUGAGUGCGCCAUCGUCACACUGGUUUACCUGGAGCGGCUCAUGACCUACGCCGAGAUCGACAUCUGUCCAGGGAACUGGAAGAGGAUCGUUCUGGGCGCCAUCCUGCUGGCGUCCAAGGUCUGGGACGACCAGGCUGUCUGGAACGUGGACUACUGUCAGAUCCUCAAGGACAUCACCGUGGAGGACAUGAACGAGCUGGAGCGUCAGUUUCUGGAGCUGCUGCAGUUCAACAUCAACGUGCCGUCCAGCGUCUACGCCAAGUAUUACUUUGACCUGCGGUCGCUCUCCGAGUCCAACAACCUCAGCUUCCCUCUGGAGCCGCUCAGCAGGGACAAGGCCCAGAAACUGGAGGCGAUUUCCAGAUUAUGUGACGACAAGUACAAGGACGUUCGUAAAGCGGCGAGGAAACGCUCGGCCAGCGUGGACAAUCUCUGUGGAAUCAGAUGGGUUCCUGCAAUUCUCUCCUAACCACGAAGAACUGCCAUAACCUGAAGACCAUACAACUUUAGUCUGGAUACUUGGAUGAAAACCGGGCACUCAGGACCUCACACCUUCAAGCUCGAGGCGAGAAACUGAAAACCACUGAGGUGGUAAAUGAUGGAGAGAAUUUUCACUGAACUUCUAACGUGAUGCCUUCCCAGUGCCUCAAAAAACAAAAACAAAAAACAAAGGACGUCCUCGAACAACAGCCUUCAAACUUCCUCUCACUUUACAAACCUGCUCUUUUUCAGGUUUGAGGUCUGAAACAUUCUUUUGUGCCUCAAGGACGUUAGCGUAGCACUGGAAUUUGUACCCAUUAUAUUCAUGUCCUCUCAAAGGUCUUCAUAGUAUAACAAACACAUAAGCAAGGUUUUCUUUUGUUGGAAAUCUGUAAAAUAAGGUUUUCUGUAAGUAUUUCCACUGUAACUCUUUGAUUCUCAGGUAGUCGUUUUAGUUUAGUUUGUUCACUGAUUUGUUUGAUUUUUGACAUUUGAAUAUGAAACACAUGUAAAAGGUCGGGUCAUACUUACCGUGUUUCAUUCAUUAUUACGAGGAUUCUUGUCAGUCAAACGUUCCACAGUUGUAGGAAGUUGUGUGUUUUCUUGUUCUCCUUUAGCACUGACUUGUAAAUACGUGGGAGCUGGAGGACUUCCACACGUAACCUCUAACAGGUGUCCAUGGUUACCGUCUUUGUUGUUGUCUCUUUUCUCCAAAACCAACAGGAAAGUGUUGCAUGCACAGUGGGCCAGAUGCCUCAGAUGCCUCAUGACAUAUUUCCGGUUUUAAAUCAUGCAUCUCACUCGACUCACAUCUAUUUUCACUCUUCAAAGUGAGUUUUCAGGACUAGAAGAACUGUGCACGCUGUUGUCUCCCACGUUGUACGCACGGCUUCGGCCACAUUUAAUGGAGUACAUAGUUUCCAUGGCUUCCUGACCCAAAACAACUUAGCGGGAACAACGGCUGGUAAACUUACGACGGGAAAACCUUCACACAAUCUCUAAGUUUUUAAGUUCUGUAGCAGACAUUUGCCUAUUACGGUCCGCAUAGAAUCAGAUUCACAGAACUCACGCGACCCCAAAGACACUCGCAUAUAUGAGUGUGAACAGAACCCAGUUCUUGUACAAGCACAAACUCUAAGAACCAUAAUAAGUUACAACAUGAAAUGGACAGUUUAUCAGACGCUACGUUCGUGCGCCACAACGCCACUACCGGCUUCCCACAGGUGCUUGAAAUCCUUGUACUUACUUAGUUUCCAUGGCUUCCCGACUCAAAAUGACUUGGAGGAAACAAUGGCUGUUAAACUUGUGCUGGGAAAACUCUUCACACACUAAGUUCUGUCGCAGACAUUUUGCAAACAGAUUCACGGAACUCAAGCGGACGUGGAGAGUAUGACCAGAGAGUGUGAACAGAACCGUUCUUUGGACAAACACAAACACUUAGAACCACAAUAAGUUACAACAUGCAAUGAGUUUCCUUCAGAAUUUGUCGACAGUUUAUCAGACGCUAGGUUUUUUAGCUGCGACCCCAAAUCCAGUAAAAAUCGUGACAAGAGCAAAUUUGUGCACCACUUUACGGGUCCUUGAAAUUCAUUUAAAGUUUUUGAAUACUGCCCUAAAUAGACAUUGAAGGUCAUUGAAAGUGCUUGAAUUUUGGGUGAGAAAGAAGUUCGGUUUAUUAUAUUUAUUAUUAGUAUUAUAUUAUAUUUUAGGUUAAAUGUCUCCCUUGUUUGUUACGACGCCGCCUAGUGUUUCCUACCCUGCAUUGCUUGAUGUACAUAGACGAGGCCUAUAAUCACAAGCGGUGUUGUGGACACUGUCCACUGUCUCUCCACGGUUGACGUGAGAGUCCGUGCAGAAAAACGAGCGAGUAAAGUUAAAGUAAGAGAGAGCAAAUGACGAAAAUGAGGGGAUUGUUCCUGGAAAAAUCUGUGAAAAGACUUCAGAACCUCUGUAACACCUCAUAUAAUCUUCCAAGAGAUGUUUGGUAAAGUAACUGCAACUCAAAUGUGUGCAUGUUAUUUAAAAACGUAUGCACAUUCAUUUAAUAGCAAAUUUGUUUGGGGACCCAAAAAUAAUUUCCCAUGGCCCGUCUGUGGGACCCGAACCCAGAGUGGUCACACGUGCACAGCCCACAGUGGGCAUCACAGCUCAAAUAGAUAUAAAAGAAAUCCUUGUUGAGAUUAUUCAUCUGGAGAAAGUCAUUCCAAUAAUAUUCAUUAAGUGAUGGACAGAGACAUUGUUUAAAGAUAAAAUGAAAAACAUUCUUUUAUUUGUUUGUCAACCAAAUGGAGAAUAACACAAAUUAUUAAAUGCACUCGUACUUUUUUUAGUCUCAGUAAAAAUUCUAUUAAAUAAACUCUGCUGAGCCACAAACUUAAUAAUAUUCAAACUGACGCCACUUUUACCGUUUGUAUUAUACUGUAUUAUUUGUAUUAUUAUAUUAUAUUAUAUUA